AUGAUAUGGUCGAAUCCGAUUAAGGUUGCGGUCUUGUGCGCCACGGCAACUACGGUGCAAUCUGGAAACUGCGACGCCAACACGGUUUCGUACUUUGCUUUCGGUCUCGCACCCAUAAUCGACACACACAACAGGGAACGGGAAUGUCCUUGCUCGGUAAUUAGCACAGCUGUAUUCGGUUGUCGUGAUGUUAUCAAGAGUUGCGUGACUUCCACGCAAAGAACUCUGAUUCGAAACUUAAGAGCAGAAUUUUCGUUUUUUGAUAAGUUAAUUAUAUUCGAGAUAAAGGUGGAACCAAAGGUUUCAUAA